AAGAAUGUUGGCAGUCGGGUCCAGUUACGUCAUGUCAUAUGAUACGGGUUCAUUUACACGGAUACCUGAAUGCUGUCACGUAUGAUGUAAGUAAGACUAAGUGCCCGACAAAAGGACAAUCGUAUUGAACUAUUUGAGUUACAAAAACGGCUUCAUCCAACAGUGGGAAUGUACCACAUCACAAGCCAUGUCAACAACAACAUGGCUUGUCAUUGUAAGUGCACCAUUGAGAGGAACACAAGUGCCACAAAAUGGAUCUGUCUUCUUUCUAUUUUGUUCAUCCUCAACAUAUUCACUGGCGUAGUGGUUGCAGUACUCGCCACACACCGAACUUCGUCAUCAAACUUUGAGAGCCAGACUCUCACAGGAUCAAGAUGGAAGUCAUUAUUGGAUGAGGUCUACGAAAGCAUGUUGAUGAAUGAUGUUUCGACCACAGGCACAGAGCUUGAUGAAGAGGGCAUUGGGGACGUCCAUCCAGAUUUGCAGCUUCUGAACAUGCUGAAACCAGUGACACAUUUCUCUGGCCUUGACUUUGACAUAGUAGUUACGGGUCAUGGGUGUCAGUUGACAACAUUGAGGAAUUGGGCCAAUCCUGAUGGUUCGGACAGAAAGCUCCUGUACAAUGGAAUGAGUUACGAGAACGGCUCCAUCACAGUACCAGCAGCAGGAGAGUACCACAUCACAAGUCAUGUCAAGUACCACGUCGAGGACAACAGGAAGGAUGACAAACCACUCCAAACAUUCCAGCAGCAGGUUGUCCGCUAUAGCGCCUCCAGCCAGACACAGAUCGUGUUGUUUGAGAAUGCCGUGACUGAAUGUAAAGAGGGCAUCAAUGACGGAGCUCACCUGGAGUACCCAAAUGAUGCUGGUGGACUGGCUCAGUUAGAUGCUGGAGAUCAAGUGAUGGUGAAGGUGUCACAUCUUCACUUACUGAAGCAUGAUCGUGACUGGCACUCUUUUGACAUUUAUCUAAUGUAAAUGUUUCCCAGCUCACCAACCGUUGAGGUGGAAUAUUAACUUUCUAUUAAUAGGAGAACAAUAAUUACUAUCAUUUAAAAUAAUGUCCAUUAUUUACAGUUCAAGAACAGUACUUACACUUCAAGCAGCAUGCAUUCUGAUAUGAGUUUAACAGAAAUUCUACGUGAAAUAUCAAGCGUUUUGCAUGGAAAUAUUCUACAGAGUAAUACUUAAAAAUGUACUAUUAUCAUUUUUUGCAUACCAAGCAACUACACAUGAACUAUAAUAAAUGAAUUGCGAAUAAAAAAUACAUCACAUUGUGAGAAGUGACAACAUCACAGAAUAAUUGAAGCGCCCUGCAAAUCACUAUGUAAACAAGCCAAACAGAGAUAGCUGCCAUUACCUAGGGCAAAUUCCAUCACAUUGAUGAUGGAAAGUUCAAGUGAUAUACACAUAACGAUAUAGAAGGGGGUGUCGAAUGAGAUGUUUGUUUCCCUUAGCCCAUUGCCGAGACAAAUGGUACAUCUGUAAAGAAUCACUCUCUGCAAGAAAAGCAGCAACGAGAUAACAGCAAUAUUUUGAAUGUGGGAUGGACCUUGAGCAAGCACCUCAAGCAAAGCACACGUACUGACAUAAAUCUCACGUGUAAACGUAGGGUCCAGGUUUUAUACUUUUAGUCUCAGGUUAGUUGCCAACUUGGAACACCUUCGACGUUAGUGUACCUACAGCCUUAUACCGAAGAAGCGAUUUGGUGUAGAAUCUUGUCAGCAUCAGAAUAAUUAUACGGGGCGUUUUCGUUCACAUUUAGGAUGUAUUGUACCAUUAAAUACUUAUUGUUACAGAGAUUUCAUAUGCAUUGUCUCUUGCAGUUUCUGUCCAAGUGCUCAUUCAUAAAGGCUUUCGGAAACAUGUCCCAAAAUAUGCUUCAAUAGGGACAACGGUGACAUACUGAAUAUCUCAUGUGAUUGCUUCAGUAUAAGUCUUCGACUUAGAUCUGGGAGUAGUUCUCCUUCCCUUAACAUGACACAACACCGUGGGAUGUGUAUCGACACUUGGUAUACCAGUCAGGUUACA